AACACCCCACGCAUGUCAGUCGUGCGUUCACCGUCCGUGUGCGAGUCGCUUUUUCGCGUUUCGGGAAAAGUAUAUAUACGCAAACACACGUAAAUAGCGACGCGACUGCCGUACAGCGCGUUGACGAUUUCGAAAAUUUUUGUUGUCACAGACACACUAUAAUAUUAUAGUAUACUCCAAUAUCGAUCCUUUCACCGUAUUUAUUCGUCGAUUCGAUUCGAUUGUUUUUUGUGUUUCUGCGAUUAGUUUUCGAAUUUCAUCCCGAGUGCCGGCAGUCGUAUUGUGUCGCGUUUAUAUCUGCGUUCGGGUCAUACCCGCGAGCUUUUCAAAAUAUCAUAAUCGUCAUUUUAAAUCGUUUUCAUCGUAGUUACUUUUUGCCACAAUCUAUUAAACUAUACCGAGAUUAUAGCCCUGUGACAUUUCAAAAAAGCGAUAAAUUACGACCUCAUCGAUACCGGGACGAGACUUGGGGCGAGUUUGGGUUUGCCUGAAAUUGUACAGAUUACCUAUGUCAAAGUUCAAAGGAUUCCUAGUGCGAUGGUGGUUUGAAUAAUGUAUCAGUUGUACUGCAUUGUUGAGUAUGCUGUUUGAAGGAACUUUAAGAAACGACACCUUCUACAACGACAACAUUAGCUACGGAAAUAACUACAGUUUACACGAUGACCCGUGGGGCCCGAAGAGAGACCCGCUACCCGUCGUCGUGCCCGUCACGCUCAUCUACACGCUGAUAUUUGCCACAGGCAUCGUGGGCAAUGUGAGCACGUGCAUAGUGAUCGCCCGAAAUAAGUACAUGCACACGGCCACCAAUUACUAUCUGUUCAGUCUUGCCGUGUCCGACCUGCUGCUACUGUUGUCCGGAUUGCCGCAGGAAAUUUAUCAAACAUGGUCCAGGUAUCCUUACGUGUUUGGCGAGAUGUUUUGUAUCAUCAGAGGGUUUGCUGCGGAGACAUCGACGAACGCUACUGUAUUAACAAUUACAGCGUUUACUAUUGAAAGAUACGUUGCGAUUUGUCAUCCGUUUUUAUCACAUACAGAAUCCAAUCUGUCCAGAGCAUUCAAAUACAUAUUAAUCAUUUGGGUUGUAGCGUUAACACUUGCAUUUCCUCAGGCCAUACAGAUGGGACUUGUGUACGCUCACGAACAGGACGGCUCUAUCAUACCCGAGUUGUCCACGUGUGGGCUGGCCAACAAACUACCGUACGCAUUCGAACUGUCUUCAGUGCUGUUCUUCCUGGCCCCGUGGACACUCAUUAUCGUCCUGUACAUACUCAUCGGCCUCAAACUAUACAAAUCCAAGCGCGACUCGUCCAGGACAACGUGUUCGGCGCACUGUCGGCACACUGCGUGUCUGAGCUCCACCAAUACCAGAGCCACCGGGCGCGUAGUCAAAAUGUUAGUGGUCGUGGUGGUAGCCUUUUUCGUCUGCUGGGCGCCGUUUCAAGCACAAAGACUAGUUGCAAUCUAUGGAGACAUGAAUCGCGAGGACCAUUCGAGCACUUCGAUAAUCGAUGCCAAUGUCUAUCAGGUUCUGAACUACGUAUCGGGAAUUUUGUACUACUUGUCGGCUACCAUAAACCCGCUUUUGUAUAAUCUCAUGUCAUACAAAUUCCGGACUGCGUUCAAAGAAACUUGGAGAUCUUGCAAAGGAGCCAGUGGUAUAAGUCCAGAUCACGGUAUGCCCAACCUGGACUACAAAUGGCAGAGACACCACAGCCAUAGCAGAAGUUUCAGCAGUAGUCAUUUUGACGAGGUGAAUUCGAUGAAACGACUGAUGACUAACAAAUCCUGGCAACCUACGAUAGUAGCGAUCAACGAGACCAGUGACACGGGAACGUCGUCGGCCGCGGACAAGACGUUGCGGUUUCCACGUAAAAUGAUCUUUAGCAAACAAGACGCUAUCAAAGAAAACGGCACCGCGAUGCUGGAAAACGGAAUUACCGUUGGUGUGUUGACAAACAACAACAGGACAACCACGAUGCUGAUGACGCCGAAUUAAAUUUAGUGUUCCUAUUUAGCGUUACCUGACCAAGAUAAUGUUACAACCAGAAAUGCUCAUGAAAGAUAUUAAAACCAAAGAUUGGUACUUGGUUGUUAGUGGAGGCAAUAGUUAAGCCCAUUUCCAUAUACGAUUGCAUCUCCACACUUUUAAUUUAUUUCCUCUAUUCAAUUAUUAUACGUUAAGGAAAUUUGCAUUUCCCAGUCGGUUCAAUAAUGUUGUAUCAACACACUUGGAAUCCUAAUUAAUUCCACGUGGACGACAACUGGAAGAAUACGAUUUGAAAAAUAUAUAUUAUAAAAAAAAAAAAAAAAAUUAGAAACAUGAUAAUAGCACUCAUGUAGCUGCUCUAAUCAAGUUUAUAACAUUUCAAAAAUAAGGAGUAUUUAAAAAUAAUAAACUCGGUUAUAUUAUUAUUCUAUUGCAUGUUUUUUAGAAAGUCCUAUGUGAAGUAUUUAAAAUAAAUAACAUAAAACUAUGAAUUUGUCACAUUUCCAAUUGUGCUGCGACAGAUACUUCUUCUAUCCCUCGAUACGCAUUAAAUCCUCGCUUUUAUGUGUAUAAAGCACUUUUAUAUUGUAAAUAACAUAUUUAGAUUAUUUCCAUUGCUUGAAGCAAGUGAAUAAAACAUUUUAACAAACAAAAUUAAAAAUAAAUCUUCUUAUUGCGGUUACUUGUUAACCGCGGCAAUCACUUCUAUUUCGACUUUGGCGUCCUAUAAAAAUAAAAAUACAAAAAGAUUAAUCAUCACAUAAUUUAAUAGCCCAAGUGACACGAAUAUAAUUUGGUGACUUUAUUGACCUCCGAAAAAAAGGAAGCCACAAGUGUUCUCAUAUAAAUAAUGGCAAAAAAAACAUGAACUACACAUAAUUUAUCACAUCAAUGGUGUCUUAAAGUCAGUUUUGUUUAAUACUUACCAAAGGCAAUUUGGCCACUUGAAACAUUGCUCUAGCCGGAUAUGGCGGCACAAAAACUAUUAAAGAGAAAAUAAAGAAACAAAUUAUUGUUUUUAAUCAGUACUUAGUGCUAUCUAUUUUGAAAUUCAAAUGAGUCCGCAUAAUUACAUUGCUUGUAAAUUUCGUUCACCGUUGGGCCGUCUUUUAUGUCAGCUAACAAAACCGUGGUCUUAACGACUGGAAAUAAUAAAAAUAUAUACACUUAUAAGAAUUAUCAAACAUGUUACCGCCAAAAUAAAGGGGUCUCUUUUCGGUUUUUUACGUAAUCACAAGGAUGACUGUAUUCAAGAUAAAUAAAUUCACCCUUAUUUAAACAAAAUAGUUUUGUUUAAAAAUGUAACUAUUAUUUUUGUGUUAUUGUCUACCUAAGUGUAUUGAAUAAUUUAUAAAUAAAACAAAUUUUAUUUGA